AUGUAUGCAAGCUCUGCACAAUGUUGCAAGAAUACUGAUUCACCUUAUGGCUCUGUCAAACUACGGCAUGUAAAUUAUGGAGAGGAGGGGAGACCGUUGAGUUCCUAUAAUCGGUUAUCAAGAAGAUUCAACCGAGAAAGUGUGCCAGCUUUUCCUGAUCUCGCAACUGCUUAUUAUGAGAAUUAUUCUGGCGUCAAUCCAGUUCUGACCGUUGCUCUUACGCCAGUGCCAAAAGUUGAUUACAGUGUAACAAAGGGCGGUGCUCGAACUUGGAUUGUUCUUCUUGUAUUCAUAUUAUUAUGCUCUAGUUUGUACACUAUUUUCUCCGCAAAAGAUGCUGGAGAUUCACAUCAUGAUCUCACUGGACGCACAUCAGUAGAUGAUGAUGAUGUUCCAGCAUACACCCAUGCAGGGGCUACUGCAAAUGAUGACAACGAUGAUGAUGACGACGAUGAGCCUCCUCAACCAAGUCCGCGGGCAAGUAAGAAACAAGAGACGACCCAACAAAAAAGUGCGCCGGCACCACCCCCCGUGACGGAUUCUGACGAUGAAGAUGAUGAGGAGUCAAAUGAGCACACAUUGGGAGGAAGACUAUUUGCAGGACUCAGAAAAAAGAUUACUGAUAGGUUGAAUGAGAAAAGUGUGAAGGAAGAGCCAAAGAAUAGUAAAUCGGAUCAAAUACUCAAUCCUCGAGAGCUCAGAAAACUGAAAAGACAACAGAAAAAUGUAAAAGUUGAAGUGAAAGAAGAGGAAGAUGAUGACGACGAUGACGAUGAUGAUGAUGAUGUCGAGGAAGCUGCUCCACAAGAACCAUCUCGUAAGCAGAAGGCUAAUAACCAGAAGGACGAUAAAAAGGAGAAACAUAAAAAGUAUCAACCAGUCAAGGAGGAGCCAGAUCUGGACGAUGAUGAUGAUGAUGAUGAUGACGAUGAUGAUGAUGACAACGAUGAUGAUGAUGAUAAGGAUGAUGGAAAAGAUGGCGACAAAGAUGAUGAUGAUAACGACGACGACGACGAUGAUGACGAUGAUGACGACAAUGAAGACGACGGGAAGAAAAAGAAAAAGUCUUCGGUUGAAUCGAAAUCAGACAAGAAAGUUGAGGAGAAAAACGAAGAUGAUGAGGAACCUCAUAUCUCACAUCGAGAAGCUCAACGCCUCCGUCGCCAACAUCUCAGAGAGAGCCGAAACCGUCCACGUCAUGGUGGAAAACGGGAAUGCAUUCAUCAAGAUUGUCCAGGUCAUGAAAGUUUGAAGCCGAGGAAGUCACUUUUGAUUCAAAAGAAGAAGAAGUCAAUGGUCGAAAAGAUUCUGGAUGAUGAAUACGAUGAGGAUGAUGAUGAUGAUGAUGAGGAAGAGAGAAAUGAGAAUGAUAGAGAGGAUGAUGAUGAUGACGAUGAUGACGAUGACGACGAGAGGCUUACAGAUAGAGAAAGCAGUAGCUCCUACAAACGUCACGCCAUCACCACCAAAGAAGAAAUUGGUUUCCGAGACAUCUUGGAUCGGGCGGAUAACCUUGUCGAAAAGCACCAAUAUGACGAGGCCAUGGAACUUUUUGACCAUGUCAUUGCGGUUUACCCGUCUUCUACCCGAGCAUAUUUCGGGAAAGCUCGAGCCUAUGAUAUCCGAGGAGAGAUAGAAGCGGAUGAAACGGAUAGAGAUAAGGCUAUUGAAAUUUACGAGAAAAUUCUGCAGAAUAGUGCAGUGCCGGAUGCACUUUUCAGACAAGCUGCUCAGCGACUAAUUGAGAAGACAAGAUUCCGUGGCCAGCUUCAUAAGACUUUGAAUGCUCACCGCCAUUUCAUUGAUAGAUUCCCAGAAGAGUUAUCACUUCAAACUGACUUUGCAAUUUCAUUCGUGAUGAUGAAACGGUAUGAAGAUGCUAGAACUGUGUUGAGAAAUGUGUUGGCUAACGACCCAAAUCAUGUUAUAGCAUUGGCCUACUAUGGAUAUAUUCUGAAGGCACAUGAUGACAAAGUGGAACAAGGAGUCGCUCUGAUGAGAAAAAGUUUGAAACUUGCUGAUAAUGAAAUCACAGACCCGAAAUUCUACUACCAACUCGGUCACGGACUUACUGCUCUCGGAAAGAAGAGUGAGGCAGACGCAGUUUACCAAAAGGCUGCUCAAAUGGGAGUGUUCAUGACCGCCCAGCAAAGAAGUUUGUACAAUAUCGAAGGACUCACCGGAAGAGCUUGGUGGAGUAUGGAUCAGACACCGUACUCCAAGUUUUUGAAGACCGUGGAGCGUCAAUGGGCAACCAUUCGUCAGGAAGGAAUGGAAGUGUUGAAGGAUUGUAGUGACUGUUGGUUGGACCAUAACCAACAAUUAGUUAUUGAUGGGCAGUGGAAAUAUUUCCCGAUUAUGUCGGAACAACACUUUGUAAAAUCCAGUUGUGAGCGUAUGCCACAAACUUGUCUAAUUCUUCAAGAGUUUGCGUCGUCUAGCAAUGCCAGCAAGUCAGAGAUGUAUCUAUCGGUACUAUCUUCUGGAGCAUCAAUCCUACCUCACUGUGGCCCAACAAACUAUCAUCUGCAAGCCCACCUCGGAUUAGUGUCCCCAUCUGAAGCAAGAAUACGUGUAGGAAAUGAGACAAAGGGAUGGAGGUCUGGGAAGUUCAUUAUUUACGAUGACAGUUUCGAACAUGAGCUCCAAUUUGACGGUGCAUCAUCCUCAUCUUUCCGAUUGGUCCUUAUCCUACAGCUCUGGCACCCCGAAGUUCAACCACAUCAACGCGUUCUGUCAUUCCUUACAUAA